ACUAUACAUUACUUGGAAGGCUUACAUGCAUUAACGUUUGUGUGUAAAUCAAGUUGGAAGCAACACUCAUCGAGCUUGACACCUACUUGAUUAUGGCAAUAUUGGGAAGAAAUGUCUUUGAUUUUUGUUUUUAUUUCAUUCUUGCCAUUUCGGCGCUGGAUCCUGGUGUACAAACUGUAAAUACACCACGCUCAAAUGGUUCUGAAAGAUUGAAUUGGAAAAAUGCAGUCAAUGUAAGACAGACUGAUGCCUUGUUAAAACUGGAAGAGGAGAUGAAAGCACUGGAAGAGAGAGUAGAACAAAUAGAGGAAAAGAGUCGACAAGGAAAAGAUAAGAAAUGUGUUUGUGAACACUGGGAAGAGAAAUUUAAAUUACAGAUGUUGGAAAAAGAAAUUCAAUUGCAACGUAAACCAGGUGUACAAGUAUUUAAGCGGGUAAAAAAGAGCAGCGGUAGUCAAAAUGAAAGUCAGAAUUUCAACGCCGAAAUUAAUGGAAGGACAAGUUUGUGUGCGUUUUCCAGCAUCUUAAGUAGGGACAGAGGGGGUACAGGCCAUUCCCAGACCGUUGUCUUUGAUAACGUGAUCACAAACACACACAAUGCCUACAAUGGACACACGGGAAUCUUCACAUCUCCUUCCACCGGCGUCUUUGCCUUCUCGUGGACAAUGAACUCUGAAAGAUCAGGGCACUACGAAUUAAUGCAUAACUCGGAGGUCAAAACUAUCACAACUUCUGAAUCUAGUGUACGUCCUCAUGUAGAGAGAGCGAGUGUCUCCGCGACUAUAGUUUUAGAACUACGUGAAAAUGACGUUGUUUUCCUUCGAACGCAUCAUGCGCGGGGUCAAGGGAUAUUUAUUGUCAGCAAUUCCCUAAUGCAAUCAAGUUUUUCUGGUUGGCAAGUUUAUUAGGACAAACAUUUUAUUUCAUAAAUUCGAACGUGAGAAAAAUAUCCAGCAAAAGUAUAAUGCUGUAUUUUACUUCAACUAUAAAAAAUAAUAAUCUU